AUGAGAUUCGUCGUUUACGCUUUCCUGCACCCAUUCCCAAUCAUCGUCAGCUUCUUAUCUGCGCUUGGUACCACUGUAUUUGUCGUCAUCGCUGUCGUCGUCGUCGUCGUCAGUGACGUCUGCAUCGGUGCCGUUGACUACAGUAAUGUCAUUCAGUCGAAUGGUGGUCACUGUGAGCUGUGGAUGCCGCUGGUUCCUUGUCUGCUGUGCAGUCCAGCCGGCAACAGUGACGCGGACAGUGGAAAUGGUGAAGUAGCCGCCGAAUGCACCACCACUGCGACCACUACCACCACCACCGCUAGUGAGACGGCACGAAUUGAAGAGAAUGGGAAGACGAAUACGACAAAAUUCGUAUUCAACGGCGAGCAAACAGUUUACGAAGAACGUCCAGACGAGAUCACAAACAUCCAAAGUUCUAGUAAUUCAUAUGAGCAAGGAGAGGGCAUUAGACAACAUUUAAUCGAAGCCCAUGCGAAGUUCGUCGCGAAGGCGUUUCUCUAUCCGGAUCUGUCGAGUUCCAUUCACUACUGGUUAAUGGCGUGUGUCGAGUAUGGAACACCACCUAACGAUCCGAUGAUUAAUCAGAUCUGCUCAACAGCGACGACUGACGGCGAUCAGCUGAUCGCUACGUCCGUCUUGGCGGACAGCAGUCCACCUCCGGAACAAUGCCUCCGAGGAUCGAUGCUGCUGCUGUUGCUGGAACCGCACUGUUGGCGUGCUGACUGGCUGGCUGCUCGGCUGCGAGCUGGAGUGAUCGACGAGGCCGUGAGGAGCUGGCAGGGAGGAGCCGCUCUGGAUAUUGAGAGCAAGCAGGCUAUGAGCUGCCACAUUGACAGACAUGGUGUUAGGACGAUCGUGUAUUCCCAUCUACGCAUAUACCUGCUGUGUGACUGGAGUUGUCUGCUUGGUGUCGACGAAUUUUUGUCGGAGAGGCGUCUCUCUCUCUGUCGUGCCGAUAGCGGCGGCGGCGGUGCCGAGGAGGUGCAGAGGAGGAGACAUGGACGUGAAGAGACGACGCAGCCGGCGAGACGAAUGACGGAUGUUGUGCAGCGACGGCGACGAGGCCGACAGAUCGUCGCUCAAGGGGCCCGACCAACAGGGCGAGCGCGAGUCGGGCCGACCGAGCGGUUGACGACGCGGCCGUGUCGUCGUCUGUCGAUUGCACUCUCCGCUGACGGGCAGCAGGCUUGUCUCACGGCUACCGACGACGCCGCUGCCGGCGCCGCUGCUGCGGGCGAUGUUGCUCCCCAGUCGGGGCUGGGAGAUGAUCAGCUGUGUGUAGUGUAG